CCGCUCCGCGUGCCCCGCUCGGCCGCGGCCCCAUGGGCGAGCACAACGCUCUGCUCAACCCCGGUUUCGUGGGGCCGCUGCUCGGCCUGCACCCCGGGGACGCGUUCUACCUGCCCAACUUCCGCGGGGCCGGCCCGCAGAUCGCCGGCUUCCCCUCGCUGCCCUACCCGCGCCGGGACAACCUGGGGCCGCUGCCGGCCUGGGCUCCCCCGGAGCCCUGCGGGCCCUACGGGCAGCCCUGCCUGGGCUCGCUCGGCGCCGCCUGCGCGCUCGCCCGCGGAGAGGAGGGCAAGUGCUACUACCGGGAGGGCGACAAGGAGCGGGGGGUCAGGGAGGUCCCGGAGGCGCCGCCGAGCGCUCUGGGCAACAACUGCGGAGCUUUCGGCAAGUUCGAGUUCGGAGGAGCGGAGGGAGCGGCUCAGGACGCGCAGCCCUGCCCGGCCCUGGAGCCGGACCCGGGCUCGGGGAUGAUGGCACCGGGUGGAAAAGGGGACGCGGCGGGGAUGGUGUCACCGCUGAGCGCGGCCGCAGUGUCCCCCUGGUUCCCCGCGGCCCCGCGGAGCCGCAAGAAGCGCAAGCCGUACUCCAAAGCUCAGCUGGCCGAGCUGGAGGCAGAGUUCGCCCGCAGCGAGUUCAUCACUCGCCAGCGGCGCCGCGAGCUCGCCCAGGGGCUGCGGCUGAGCGAGCAGCAGGUGAAGAUCUGGUUCCAGAACCGGCGCAUGAAAAAGAAACGGCUCCUGCUCCGGGAGCAGGCGCUCUCCUUCUUCUGA